AUGGCUUCUACUUCCGUACCAGAAAUUGAUAGCAACAACGAUUAUGUAAAGUCAAACAUAUUGCCGACAAUUGAGCUCGUUCUUGGUCUUAUAACCUAUUUUGUCAUUAUUGCAAUGACAGUUGUUGGCAAUACGUUAGUAGUUGUUGCCGUCUUCAGUUACCGACCUUUGAAGAAAGUACAAAACUAUUUUCUUGUUUCAUUAGCUGCAUCUGAUUUGGCUGUAGCCAUAUUUGUGAUGCCAUUACAUGUUGUUCAAUUUCUUGCAGACGGCCGAUGGCUACUUGGCAUCUAUGUUUGUCAAUUUUUUACCACCGCAGAUAUCCUUCUAUGCACAUCAUCCAUUCUUAAUCUAUGUGCAAUUGCUAUAGAUAGAUAUUGUGCUAUUCACGAUCCCAUCAAUUAUGCUCAUAGAAGAUCUCUGAAAUUUGUUUGCGUCAUAAUUGCUAUUGUAUGGGCAUUAUCUGUUCUUAUAUCUGUUCCGCCACUUAUUGGAUGGAAUGAUUGGAGUUCACAAUCAUUACGUGAUCAUUGUCAACUAUCAACCGAAAAAGCAUUUGUUAUAUAUUCGGCAAUGGGAUCAUUCUUUUUGCCAUUACUUGUCAUGGUUAUAGUUUAUAUUAAAAUCUUUUUGAAUGCUCGACAACGAAUACGAACAAAUAGAGGACGAAGUGCACUUCUGCGAAUUCAAAACUGUGAUGAAGUAGGGAUUUUGAAUGCCAAUGAUGCUAGAAGACAGAGCAAUAGAAGAAGUUCAUCUAAGCGAUCUUCUCUACAAGUAUCCACAAGAAGAUCGCUGGAUAGAAGUUCGGCAGAGAUACCAAUGGAGAUGCGUAAAUCGAUUCGUAACAUUCGAAACAAGAGCGAUAUCAUUGUAGAAGCUGAUCCACCAUCUAAGGAAAAUCCAGCAGCUGUUCUUCGUAAAAGAGAAAAAAUCAGUGUUGCUAAGGAAAGAAGGGCAGCAAAGACCAUAGCUGUCAUCAUCUUUGUGUUUUCAUUCUGUUGGCUACCAUUCUUCACCGUUUAUGUUAUUCUGCCUUUUUGCGAAUCGUGUUUUAUUCAUCCAAAAGUUCAAGAAGCAUUUACUUGGCUUGGAUAUAUCAACUCAUCUCUGAACCCUUUCUUAUAUGGAAUAUUGAAUUUGGAAUUUCGUCGUGCAUUUAAGAAGAUUUUAUGCCCAAAAUCCAGUCUAGAAGAACAACGUCGUCGUUUAAGUGCAGUCCCAUGA